CGGGAACAUGGCGGGGAGGCCUGAGGUUCCCGUUUUGCCAUCGCGCGAGCCGGACGGAGCGGCGCCUAAUGUGGUGGCGCAGCUCUCGCAGUGGGCGGACGACCACCUGCGCCUAGUCCGGAACAUCAGCACCGGGAUGGCCAUAGCUGGAAUAAUCUUAUUUGUAAGAAGUGUUCGACUGACAUCAAAAUUUACAAGCUCUUCAGAAAUUCCAGUAGAAUUUAUAAGAAGAAAUGUUAAACUGCGUGGACGAUUGCACCGAAUAACUGAGAAUGGUUUAGAAAUUGAACAUAUUCCUAUUACUUUACCUAUUAUAUCUUCAUUGAGAAAAGAGCCAUAUGGUGUUUUACUGGUUAAAUUGGCUGGAGUAGAACUCACUGAAACUGGGAAGGUGUGGUUACAAAAAGAGCUAAAACCUUCCCAAACACUAUGGUUCCAACUUCUUGGAAAGGAGAAUUCAGCACUCUUUUGCUACCUUUUAGUGAAUAAGGGUGGAUAUUUUAGUGUGAGUCUAAAUGAAGAAAUUUUGAGAAGAGGCCUUGGCAAAACUGUUCUUGUUAAAGGGCUAAAUUAUGAUUCUAAAAUCUAUUGGACAAUUCACAGAAACUUACUUAAAGCUGAAUUAACAGCCAUAAAAAAAGGAGAAGGAAUAUGGAAGGAAGAACCUGAAAAAGAAAGUUAUUUGGAAAAAUUCAAAGACUCCUGGAGAGAAAUAUGGAAAAAAGAAAGUUAUUUAAAAACAAGUGUAUCAGAUUUCAACUUGAAAAAAGUAAGUUAUUAUGACAAAUUUAGAAGGACAUAUGAAAUAUGGAAAGACAACAUAAAUAACUACUCCUUAAUACUGAAGUUUAGAGAACUUAUAAGUCGCAUAUAUUUUCAUAGAAAAUGGUGAAAUAUCCAAGAGAUCUAGAGGUGACUUACUCCAAAGAGUAGAAUAUGUAAAUACAUGGACAUUUUUCAAUGAGUCAAAAUGGAAAUAUCCCCAAAUGAUCAAAGUUGUGGUCUAAUGGUUUUUAAAUAUUAAAAAGAUGAUUAUUAUAAAUAUAAUUAAUUUAAACAAAUUAUCAUUAAUGUAAUAUGUUUUUAGGAAAAAUGAAACACUCUGUAUAAAGAGUUACCAGGUUUUUGGUUAGAGUGUGGUGUUAGGACACCAAUUAUAACACCAAGGUCAAGGGUUUGGAUCCCUGUAACCAGCCAGCCAGCCAAAAAAAGAAAAAAAAGUUACCAGGUUGAAGGACUUCCAAAUGUAGUCCUAAUGUGUGAAGAGAAAGUUUACUCCUGGCCAUUGUGUUAUUUUGGGCAGCCAUAUUUUUUUGUUUAAAGAGAAUAUUUAUUUUUCCAGCUUUAUCUGCUUUCAUUAUCUAUAAUAAAGGAAUUCUUUAUGUC